AUGACAAGAUACAUGGAAGAAGUUUUAGGUGGAAAUCAAACAAAAGUGAAAGAAUUUAUUCUCUUAGGACUCUCCGACAACCCAGAUCUACAAGUUAUCCUUUUUGUGUUGUUUCUAUUAAUUUAUAUGGCUACUAUGGUAGGCAAUUUGGGGAUGAUCAUGCUUAUUAAGAUAAAUCCCUCUCUCCACACUCCUAUGUACUUUUUCCUCAGCAGCCUUUCCUUUGUUGAUGCAUCCUACUCUUCUUCUGUGACUCCCAAGAUGCUGGUGAACCUUGUGGCUGAGAAUAAAGCCAUUUCUUUCAAUGGAUGUGCUGCCCAGUUCUACUUCUUUGGCUCCUUCCUAGGGACUGAAUGUUUCCUGUUAGCCAUGAUGGCAUAUGACCGAUAUGCAGCCAUUUGGAACCCUCUGCUUUACCCAGUUCUCAUGUCUGGGAGAAUUUGCUUUCUACUAGUGGCUACCUCAUUCCUUGCAGGCUUUGGGAAUGCAGCCAUCCACACAGGGAUGACUUUUACAUUGUCUUUCUGUGGAUCUAAUAGGAUCAACCAUUUCUACUGUGACACUCCACCACUGCUUAAAAUCUCGUGUUCUGACACACACAUCAAUGGCAUUGUGAUCAUGGCUUUCUCCAGUUUUAAUGUCAUCAGCUGCGUUAUGAUUGUUCUUAUUUCCUACCUGUGCAUCCUGAUUGCCAUCUUAAGGAUGUCCUCAAUAGAAGGCAGGUACAAAGCCUUCUCCACCUGUGCCUCCCACCUCACUGCUGUCACCAUAUUUUUUGGGACAAUUCUUUUCAUGUACUUGCGCCCAACAUCUAGCUACUCAAUGGAGCAGGACAAGGUUGUUUCAGUCUUUUAUACAGUAGUGAUCCCUAUGCUGAACCCCCUCAUCUAUAGUUUGAAAAAUAAGGAUGUGAAAGAGGCUGUAAAGAAGGUCUUACAGAAAAGCAUACUGUGA